CGUCGGGUCUAAUCCACAACAGCCUGCGCCUUUUUUCCCCUCCGCUGUCCACGCCUGAAGCAAGAUUCAACUUGGACUACAGUUUAAUUCCUGUCACAUUUCCUUACUUGUUUGGUUUCCAGCGUCUUUUUUGCCACUUAACCCAGAUUCAACAAUUGGCGACUGGGUGUUGAGGAGGAAUAUUACUGCCUCCAAGAAAACGCGCUGAACAGUGGCGUUAUGGGACUACAAGCUUGAAUGCGUCCAUUUAAGGGCUUUAAGGUGGUGGGCAGAAAUAUGCAUCAUCAAGCUGAUGUUGUGCGGUAACUACGGACAGAGGUUGAUGCACACCUUCUGGAGCUACUAUCAUCUCCGACAGGUGUGCGGCUGUGAGCAGAGCGGAUCAGGCUGCGGCGCAAAGUGCAUAUAUAUUCCGCGCAGACAGGCGUCCUGGUUGUGUGUCCAACUAUUUGGGCAAAACGCCGACUGGGUCUAACAUGUGGGACGCAUGCAACAGAGAUCCCUGAACAUGAGAAAGAGUCGACACCGCGCAAACAUGGGACUUUCUGUGCUGUUCAGAUGGCUUGUACUCACAGUGGUUGUACCCGCCUGGCUGCUUGCUGCUCCAAGUGGCAUCCGUGAACGUCCCUGCCCCUUAAGCUGCAGAUGUGAUGGGAAAAUAAUAUACUGUGAAUCCAAUGCCUUCCGUGAUGUGCCAAACAAUGUGUCUGUAGGCACACAGGGCCUGUCCCUGCGGUACAACAGCCUGGUGAACCUAAGAGCCCACCAAUUUGCAGGGCUGAGUCAACUAGUUUGGCUCUACCUCGACCACAAUUACAUCAAUGCUGUGGAUGGCCAGGCUUUCCACGGGAUACGGAGGCUCAAAGAACUGAUUCUCAGCUCAAAUAAGAUAACACAGCUAAAGAACAACACUUUCCAUGAUGUCCCGAAUUUACGCAACCUUGACCUCUCCUACAAUAAACUGCAGGUUCUCCAACCCAAUCAAUUUUUGGGUCUACGGAAACUGCUGAGCUUACACCUGAGGUCAAACUCCUUGAAGACUGUCCCAAUGCGCGUUUUCCUUGACUGCCGCAACCUGGAGUUUCUUGAUAUUGGCUACAACAGGCUGCGGAGCCUCACACGUAAUGCCUUCGCAGGACUCCUGAAGCUUAUCGAGCUUCAUUUGGAGCACAACCAGUUUUCAAAGAUAAAUUUUGCUCAUUUCCCCCGCCUGAUUAACCUGAGAGCUCUUUAUCUGCAGUGGAACCGCAUCAAAUUGCUAACCCAGGGUCUGCCGUGGAUGUGGACUUCCUUGCAAAAGUUGGACCUCUCAGGGAAUGAGCUCCAAGUUCUGGAUCCAAGUACAUUUCAAUGCCUGCCUAAUCUUCAGACUCUUAACCUGGACUCCAACAAACUCAGCAAUGUCUCUCAGCAGACAGUGGAGGCUUGGAUCUCCCUUACCACUAUAAGUCUGGCCGGUAAUUUGUGGUACUGUAACCCAAACAUAUGUCCUCUGGUCGCCUGGCUUAAAGCCUUUAAGGGUAACAAGGAGUCUACUAUGAUUUGUGCCAGCCCUAAGGAGGCACAGGGAGAGAAAGUAACUGAUGUGGUGGACACUUAUAACAUCUGCACGGCAACGCCGACCCCCAUGCCCACAACGACGUCGCCCCGCACCUCUGCAUUUCGACCUGAACUGCUCCCUUUUCCCACACAGUCUGUGGUGGAUGAAAAGCUGAUCUGGAACAGGACAGCCUCCCCAACUCCCUCAGAGGCCUCACCCACCAUCCCCUUGCCAGACACAGAGUAUGUGUCCUUCCACAAGAUCAUAGCUGGUAGUGCAGCCCUCUUCUUAUCUGUGGCUAUAAUUCUGCUGGUUAUCUACGUCUCAUGGAAGCGUUAUCCCAGCAGUAUCAAACAGCUUCAGCAGCGAUCAGCGGUUAAAAAGCGCCAGAAAAAGGCACGGGAGACUGAGCGCUCCCUAAAUUCGCCACUGCAAGAGUACUAUGUGGACUACAAGCCUUCACACUCAGAGACUAUGGAUGUGCUGGUUAAUGGGACAGGACCUUACACAUACACCAUCUCAGGCUCCAGGGAAUGCGAGAUACCGCGGCAGCUGAGUGCUCUGACAUUGUACAGGUGUGAGCAGUCGGUUCUGGACUACUGCCAUGCCCACCUGUCACUGCACCUCAACAUGGUCAUGGAGCCCUCCUCUCAGGCGCUGGGAGGUCCUGAGCCAGCCUUGUACUGCCCGGGGCUUAUGGCUGCCCUCCCUUCAGAGCCUGCGCUGCCUUGCCCCCAGACCCACUCCCACCACCAGUGAGCUGUGCACACUGCGAGGCUCUGUCUCCAAACUUUUGUAUGUCUGCUGCACAGACAUGGUGGACCACUCAAAUGAAAUAAAAGGCUGUGUGGGAGGGAGGUGGGCCUGGGUAAAGAAGCAAAGGAGACAAUUAAUCUACUGCAGAGCACCCAAGACCCAGGGUAAUGAAAAUGAAAAUAUUUGUCAGUGGAAACAAAGGAGUGCAGCGAUAUUGAUUAGAGCUUCUGACCUCUCUGCCCCUCAAUGUCCUCAAUUAGCAAAGGAAGCUAAGCCGCAGCAUGACCUUCCACGUUCUGCUUUGCCUCUUGAGGAGUAUUAAGGAUAAUAUUUUAAUGAUUUAUUAAUCUUAUUAAACAUAUUUCCUCGACAUUCCCCUAAUCUGGGCACCUCUCCGCUGUGCAGGUAAUCAAAUACAAAAUGCUGUAAACAGAGCAGGGAAACAGCAGGAUAAGCAACUGAGUAGCAGAACAAAUGGAAGAUCAACCAAGCAAAAAGGUUUUCUGCUGCUUUUUCUGAUCAGCUGUCAGUCAGAGGUCUCUCCCCGAGCCCCUGUAGCGCUUUUCAUUUUGAGAAAUGAGCCACUCAAAUGAAAUUACCCAAGACAAGAGAAACGAGUCAGAAACCGACGGACAGUAAUUGUCAUAUAAAAUGUACAGCCUAAACAUCUUGCCGGCAGUAAGUAUAAUUUACAUGGUGACUCUUGAGUUCCUUAAUGAUUUGUGAUGUCGAUCACGUUCUGACUAAUUUAAUCAAGCUGAGAAAUAAUCUGGUGAAAAAUAAACACAGUACAGAUCACGGAGCACUGGGACGUUCAGAUAUUUGCUUUUCAUCUUCGAUUCAAAUCACUAUCAUGGUUAAUGGUUUUUGCUUUUAUAAUGUGUUAUUCAGCUAAUUAUCUCAUUGUACACUCAUAUAUCUACAUGUGUGUGCUUUUUACAAGAUGUUACAUUAUAAUAUAUGGUAAAUAAACAGUGGUA